CACAUUAGAUCCAUAAAGAGACCUGCACUAUGUUUGACCAUACUCAGUACCCAUAUAAUUGCUUCAACUAUGAUGGAGAUGAUUACCCAACUUGCAGUUCAGAUGAGGAGAAGAAGUGUACCAGACCUGCCUAUAGUUAUAUUGCAUUGAUUGCAAUGGCGAUCCAGCAAAGUCCUGACAAUAAAGUCACGCUGUCUGGUAUAUAUGACUUUAUCAUGAAGAAAUUUCCAUACUACAGAUCAAAUCAGAGGGCAUGGCAGAAUUCCAUCAGACACAACUUGUCACUCAACAACUGUUUUGUAAAGGUCCCAAGAACAGAAGGGAAUGAAAAGGGAAAAGGAAACUAUUGGUCUUUUGCUUCUGGUUGUGAGUCCAUGCUUGACCUCUUUGAAAACGGGAAUUAUAAAAGGAGGCGGAGGAGGAGAAACAUGAAAAAAUCUCAGAAGGAUAGAAAACAAAGUCUGACUAAAAACCCUAACUCUGGAGAAUUUACCAUAAUUGGAUCUUCAGAACAUCUGGUUACCGGCAAUGAGAACCGAACGGAAUCAAGAACCAAACUAGUAGACUCUAGCAGUUUGUUCUCCAGCAACAUCUCCAGCAGACAGAUUCAGACCAGCUCGGCUCUUGGAAAGACUGAAGAGAUCAAAUUUAGCAUUGAUUACAUUUUAUCAGCUCCAGACCCAUCACCUGUUCUAAGACCCCAACAUAACAUACUCAAUAACAAAUUUCACACUCUGGAUUGUCAGCCACGGAACCUCCAUCUGUGGAAUCUAUAACAUUAAAGACGUGAACUUCACAUCAGUUCUUUACCUACCGUUAUUCUCAUACACAAACAUCUGCCAACGACCACUUCUGUAAUUGUGUAACUGCAUCGGCUUAAAACUAAAUUUUGUUUUCAGACAUUAAAAUAAUUAAAAUAGGGAAAUGUAAUUGCUAGAGAUCAUGUAAGAACUUAGUAACAUAAGAGCUAGAAUAAAUUACUGUACAUGGUAUCUGGCACACAUUUAUAUAGAUUCAUGUGGCAAGUAUAUAAAAGAAUGAAAUACUGCUGGCAGACAGAAGUCUUCAUUAGAGUGCUUUGCUAGUGGGACUUAAACUUGCCUCGUUAGGUUCUGGUUUUGCAAACACUGUUCAAAAACAGAAGCAUCAUGCCAUUAAUAAACACUUAGCAAAACAAAAAAAUCCUACAAGUCAUUUGUAAACAUACUGUAAGCAAAUUCUUAAUCGUCAGUUUGCUUGCCACUAUGGACAAAUAAAGAGAACAGUAUUAUAUACAAAAAAAUUAGAGACUUGAAUCACAUUUAAAUAUGUUGUAAUCCAUCUUUGUCUCUGAACAUCUAAUACAUCUUCAAAUGCUCACAACACACACCCCUACUGUCCAUUGUGGGCCCAAAUGAAGAACAUUUGAAUGACAUUUGAUCUGUGUAUAUAAAAUUUCUAUCACUAAACCUUCUUGUAUUCACAGGUAGCAAAGCCAUUGUUUUUCUACACAACCUAUAGGGUAUUCUAAUUGGCUUAAUUGUGUUUGUCCUUAAACAUGGCCGUAAACGGACAUACUCAUAUUUCAAGCGAAACAGCUGGAUCCUACAUGACACAGUCCAAUCGUAUGAUGACUGUUUAUAUGUUUCCAGCCAUCCAGUUUACAUCUAAGAGAUCCCGAAAAGAUGUUGACUGUCAUCAAUGUCUGUUUCAGACCAUAUACAACGGACAUAAUGGGCCAGCAAAAUCUCACAUUGUGUGAGCAACUUAAGGCUAGGCUUUUUA